GUCAGAUACUAUCAACUAAUUAUGUUGUUUGAAUGUUAUUGUUUUCUUUGCACACGGUAAUUGAUUAAUACAUAAAAUGGAGUCUUUGUUAAAAAGUUAUGAGCAGCAAUUCAGUGUCACAACCGCGAGCAUCACGGCAAAAACAGCAACACUGAAUGGGACUAUAACAGCUGAAGACAAAAAGUCUGUUGUUCAACAGAUUGUGAGAGAACUAGAAGAAACAAAAGAUAUUUUGGAGCAGAUGGGGUUGGAAGUUCGAGAACUUGAUGCAACAUCAAAAAACAAAUAUUUUACACGCAUUGAAAGCUAUCGCGUUGAACUUUCGCGACUUGAAAAAGAAUUCAAUAAUAAAAGACUUGCAAAAUGUGGAGAUAGAGAAGAACUGUUUGGAGAUGCAGAAGUGGAAGACGCAUGUGACCAUAACCAGUUCUUAAUAAACAGUGAAAAACUAGAAAGAGGAAAAAGUCGUUUAGAGGCUGGCUACCAGGUAGUAGUCGAGACAGAACAGAUAGGCAAUAACAUUCUUGCUGACCUCAAUCACCAACGAGAAACCAUACAGAGAACCAGAAACAGAUUGACAGAGACAGAUGAAGAACUUGGUAGAAGCGGACGUUUGCUUAAUCACAUGCUCGUGAGAAUUAUUCAUAAUAGGCUUAUACUUGUUGGUUUAAUUUCCAUAUUUGCUCUUUUUAUCAUAAUUACGUUGUACAUAAAAUUUAGAGCAAAUUCCUAGUCAUCCUUAUGUUCUGCACAUGUUUCGCAUUAAAAUAUACGUUAUUGUUGUGCUCACCAUU